UUACGGCCGUGGCGAGAGACGCUGCGAUCGCGGAAGACCUUUCGUUCACCUGAAACCGGAAGUAAUGAACAAAAAAGAAGGGAGCAAGUAAUUGGAGGCUCAAAAAUCCGAGAUUCGGACCGAGUAGAAACGACAAGUGUCAGAAUCCAAAGCAUUUUCGGUUGAAAGCUCGAUACAUCCGGUUCGAGAGUUUCACGAAGCUCAGGGAAAUUGACACAAAAAUAACUGCCAUCCAGUGAAAAACGUGAAAGUUCUUCGAACCGGUUCCAACGAAAAUGUUAUUGACCAAAACAUCAAUUGAAAGUGCACGGACAAUAUCUUGGAAGAGCUCGUGAGAUCCGAGGAUCAAACGUCAAAGGAUAAAGAAGAUUUGCACGUGGGAGAGUGUGGGCAUUGACCGGGCGGACGUUGAUCACAGCUCGAUCGAGGAAAAUUUGUUGGCUCUUAUCCAACAGCCUUUAAUCAUCAAACGGAAUUUUCCACAUUCCCGAAGGAAAAAAUAACAAUGACAGACUUAAAGUUCACCGAAUCAAAGUACUGUCUGUCCGUAUUAUAGUUUUUUAUGGAUUCAUCGGUAGAUGUUUGUGUCGAAAAUUUAAGGAGGAAGCCCAAAGACCCGGAUGUCGGAAUUUUCGGUGACACGUGAUCGAGGACGGAAAGUGAAUAAAGCGAGAAAAUAUAAGUAAGAAGGAGGGAAAGGUUCGGAUUAGAAAUGUCGACGGAAAGGAUGAACAGGUCGACGGAACAGGAUCUCACGGAGUUUCUGAUGCUCGGUGCUCAAUUGUAUUAUCCACCGAUAUUGGUUAUACUGGGAGGCCUCGGUAAUUGCUUGUCGGUGUGUGUUUUUUUUUGCACGAAAAUGAGACGCUCUUCGUCAAGUUUUUAUCUCGCCGCAUUGGCCAUAAGUGACACAGGUUUUUUGGCUUCUCUCUUCGUUUUCUGGUUGAACAUGGUGGGCCUCGGAGUUUUCAGUCGACCCGGUUACUGUCAAUUCUUCAUUUAUCUGCCAACGCUGUGCAGCUUUUUGAGCGUCUGGUUCGUCGUGGCAUUUACGGUCGAGCGUUUCAUCGCGGUGUGUUAUCCCCUCAGACGACAAUCGAUGUGCACCGUGGCUCGUGCCAAAAGCAUAUUGAUAAGCCUGACGAUUCUCGGGCUCGUAUUGUGCAGUCCCGUCUUGUGGUUCUCCAGGCCGAGACCGGCUGGUCACAAAAUCAACAUCACCGUUUGCAAGUUAGCCGAAGAGUGGGAAAGCUGGGCCAGUGUAUUCAACGUCGCCGACACUAUCCUCACUUUCGUUCUGCCCUUCACAGUAAUCGUCGUCCUUAACAGUCUCAUCGUCAAGAGCGUCUGGAGACUUGCACGGGUUCGACGGACCAUGACGACCAGCACGAGAUCCACUAAAAACGAAAAAGCCUCCUCGUCCUCCUCGAAAAGUAUUCCCCGAUCCACCGUUUCACAAACCAAAAUCACUAAAAUGUUACUCGUUGUUUCCAGUGUUUUUUUGUGCUUCAAUCUUCCUGCUUAUGUCAUGAGAGUUCACGCUUUUAUCAAGGGGAACGAGGAAGUACCGCGAGCAACGGUUAUAAUUCAACACGUCUGCAAUCUCCUGUUCGAUACGAACUUUGGUAUAAACUUUGUGCUGUAUUGUGCGAGCGGACAAAAUUUUCGAAAAGCAGUAGUACGAAUGAUAGUAGGUCGCUGUAGAAACCGGAAUGACGCGGAGCCCCGUGCAUCUUUACGAGCCAAUCAAUCCGGAUCAGAGUUGGGGAGAUCAGGUAGCACGAUAGGACGUCAACGAACCAUCGUAUUGGAAAUGCAUUGGGAGGAAAAUUGUGAGCUAUCCGACUUUUCUAGGACCGAUGAUUGUCAGCGGUCAAAAUAUCUCAUUCGACGAUCAUCAAGGGAAAAUAAAUGAAUGCAGCCAAUGGCCCAACGUUACCGAAGAACCGCUGAUCCAGCAGUUGUAAGAGUUGAAGAGCAGCGUCGUGAACUGGAGCCCUUGGACAUCCGGUAUUCAUGAGACUGACGUUAAUGACACUGG